AUGAGGCUACUAGGAUUGAAGGCUCGAAUUUCGGAAAUCAAGACCGAUAUCCAAGCUAUUAAGGCUACUGUGGAUUUAUUGGAACCGAGAGUGACCUCAAAUGAGACGGAUAUUAAAGUAAUCCACGACGAAAUAGCCAAAAUCAAGCAGACACGAGAAAAUUACAGUGGGGGUGAAUCUGAGGAGAUUGUCAUCCAAGAAAUCAACGAGCGUCUAUUUCGGAAACGGAAUAUCAUUAUCUUUAACCUCAAGGAGAGCUUGAGCAGGGACACCAAAACUAAAAAGGAGCAUGACACUUUGCUGAUUUCAAAGGUAAUUGAUGCCUUGAAUAUCGGCAUUCAUGUCAACGGCCUGAAAAUUUUCAGGUUGGGCAAGCCAUUAAAAGAUAAAGAUAGACCACUGAAAGUUGUUUUUUGUUCGGUAGAAGACGCGAUGCAGUUCGUUAGCGGCUUCUCUAAAGAGGCAAUUUCUGAGGUUGAUCCCGCCCUCUCUGACAUUUCUAUAUCGAGAGAUCGCACCAUGAAGGAACGGCAAUAUCUUAAGAAGCUGAGGGAUGAACUGGGGAGACGCAGGAUGAAUGGGGAAAAACUGACCUCAUCUAAGGUUAGCGGGGGAGGUGUUUUGCUUGCAAUAAAGGAUAACAUACUAUCCCAAGAAAUCAUACCAAAGAAUAGAUCUGUAGAAUGUGUUUUUGCUACUGUCAAAUUAUCAUCUAGUCAUCGGAUGCUGGUCGGCGGAGUCUACCUUCCACCUAACAUGCCCUCAAGCCAAUACUUUGAUUUUGCCUCAAUUGUCGAAGAGCUGCUCUUCACCUCUGAAAAUUUUGAACCUAUCCUGUUGUUGGGCGAUUUUAACCUCCCCAACGCGGAUUGGGAUCCUCUCGGCUCUCAAAUUCAUGAUCCUGCGAGCCAGCCAAUCAAAGAUCUUGCCCAUAUCUUCAAUCUUACACAGGUCAACGGUGUUAACAACGACCGUGGAAUAUUACUGGAUCUAGUUUUCUCUUCCAGGAUAGACAUCAGUGUCCGAAGGUCUCUUGAUCGCCUUGUUCAGGUGGAAUCACAUCAUCCAGCUCUCGAUAUUACCGUUCCAUGUUUCAGACCAGUCACUGAUAAUAACAGGACCCAUAUCUACGACUUUAGGAGGAGUGAUCUGUUUGAGAUAUUUAGAGUGAUUCAGGGUUGGCCGUAUCCGGAACUGAGCAACGUGAUGGGGGAUAGUGUGGAGACAGCAUUCAUUGAUUUUUGUGGUUCUCUCAGUGGGGUGAUCAGGGACUUGACCCCCACGAAAGUACUUGGAAAACGCAACUUCCCUUGUUGGUUUUCAUUAGAGCUGAAGGCACUAGUCAUUUUGAAAAAGAAGCUGCACGUCAAGUUCAAAAAGUCAUUAAAAGACUCUGACUAUUUGGAAUAUCGUAGUGUUCGUGCAAGGUGUAGGACUCUAUCCGCCUCCUGUUACAGGGACUAUAUACUUCGUAUUGAAAACUCCAUACCAAGCAAUGUGAAGGUCUUCUGGGGACACAUCAGGAAUAUGAAACGCAAGUCUUCAGCACUUUCCAACCUGUACCUUGACAACGUGACAGCGGACACCCCUAAAGGCAUAUGUGACUUGUUUGCUUCUUAUUUCUCUUCUGUAUACAGGCUCCCACAAACACUUCCAGUUCCUUUGGAGCUGGAAACCUCAUUCCAUCUGUCAGGUUUUCACAUCUCAUGUGAAGAAGUGGAGGAGACAUUAGCUGGGCUGGAUGAAAGGAAGGGCGCGGGGCCAGAUGGGAUUCCCCCAGUAGUAUUGAAGUUUUGUAGUGGUAUCUUGGCUCCACAUGUCACCCAAUAUUUCAAUGCUCUUCUAACUCUGGGCAUUUUCCCUAAGAACCUGAAGUCGAGCUUUAUUGCACCUAUCCUGAAAAGUGGUGAUCCAGUAAAUGCCAAGAACUACAGACCUGUUGCAAUUCAGCCUGCCCUAGCCAAAGUUUUUGAGUCCUUGGUCUUACGUAGACUUUCAUUUGAAGCCAAGAACAUCAUCUCUCCAGCUCAACACGGUUUUAUGAGGGGAAGGUCGGCAACAACCAAUCUCGUGACUUUGCAGAAUGACAUUACAUCCUCCUUCAGAUUGGGCCACCAGGUCGAUUGCGUUUAUCUUGAUUUGUCAAAGGCUUUCGACAGGAUAAGCCACAUUCAUCUCCUAGCAAAACUUAGGACUUGGGGAGUGACUGGAUCUCUCUUGAUGUGGUUCGAGAGUUACCUGGCGAAUCGUCUCCUCGUCGUGCGUCAUGCCGUUUUGAAACCGUGUUCCGAGACAACAAAUACAUCAGGUUUGAGUUCGUCACACAUGAGCAUUUAG